AUGCUUGAGGCUUUCGUUCAACACUUUCAUGGAGCUUUACCGAUCCCUCCACCAUCCAUGCUAGAAUAUGGAGCUUACAACAACAACUUUACUGGAGAAAUUUCACCAUAUCUUUGCAAUAUGAGUUCUCUUCAGUACCUUGACUUGUCAAGAAAUAACUUGAGUGGCAUGCUUCCGCAGUGUCUUGGAAACUUUAGUGAUGAUCUGAUCCUUUUACUUCUUGGAAGCAACUCUUUUCAUGGCAUGAUGCCUCAAUCAUACAACAACAGAAGCAGUUUGAGGAUGAUUGAUGUUAGUCAUAACCAAUUGCAGGGACAAUUACCGAGGUCAUUGGCGAAUUGUGUGAUGCUCGAGUAUCUUGUUUUGUCAAACAAUGAAUUCAAUGAUGUUUUUCCCAUUUGGUUGGGGACUCUUCCAGAGUUAAAACUUCUGGCAAUGCACCAUAAUGAGUUUUAUGGUGUAAUAGGACAGUCCAGAAGAAAUAUUGACUUCCCCAGUUUACGCAUUCUUGAUUUGUCUUACAACCGUUUCAAAGGUGAGAUUCCACCUUUGUUUCCUGAUAUUACUGUAAACAAGUCAACAUACAUGUAUGCACAAGUAUCCUAUGACCUCCAUGGUUUUGCUAUUGGACGGAGUGUUGCUUAUUCAAUCACAUUAGCAAUUAAAGGUUUGGAUUUGUUCUAUUCGAAGAUUCAAGAAGGCUUUGCAGCGAUUGAUAUCUCAAGCAACAAAUUUGAAGGUACGAUUCCGGAAUUCAUUGGUAACCUUAAGCAGAUUCACUCACUCAAUAUUUCCAGCAACAUUCUCAAUGGUUCAAUUCCAUCAUCCUUGGGGAACUUAAGGAAUCUUGAAUCGUUAGACCUUUCACACAACAAGCUCUCAGGACAGAUCCCCCAACAACUGACGAGGCUUACAUUCCUUGAGAAUUUUGAUGUGUCUCACAACAAUCUCACAGGUCCUAUACCGCAAGGUACCCAGCUUACUUCAUUGAAUAGCACUUCAUAUGAGGGAAACCCAGGAUUGUGUGGAGAUCCAUUACCAAAAUGCGGAAAUCAAGAGGCCCCUCAACCGCCACCUUCAACUGAAGAAGACAAUGAUUCAGGCUAA